ACUGCAGUUCAGUUUUCAUGCAGAAAUUGAAAUAAGUUACCGAUAUAGCCAUCAUUAUAACUUAUUCUGGCAGUUUUAGCAAUCGUUUAAAAACACCUCGUUUACCUCGAAAUAAGUUACUACGUGCUACGUUUAUGCUUUACAGACUCCGUAAAUUAUGGUUGCCUCCGGACAGAUCCAGCACUCAGUAGUGUUAUUUAUUAAAAAGACGCUCUUGAUAAUUCGCGAAAAAUUUUUGUGAUCCCUCUUUUACAAAACUGAGGAUAAGUUACUGAGGAAGAAACGAUGGAAAGCGUUGUGUUAUCGCGAAUUCGCAAAACUCCGCUUGUUCCUCGCUCUUACGAGCGUUUUGCUGUUGAUGUCCUAAAAGACGGUUCGACGUAUCGUGGGUAUCUUUGCGGCGUUAAGAAUAGUCAAUACAUGGUGCGACUAGGGUCACAGGAACAAGCGCAGGUGGUACUCAUGGAUAACCUGCGCAUACCAGAUUACAGCGACUGGGAAACAUUUAGUCAGGGAACGUUUAAGGAGGACAUCGACGUCCUUAUUAGUACGGAUGAGCAUCAGCCCGAAUCGUGGCAACCAGCACGCGUUAUCAGCGGCGUGUAUGACGGUGAUUAUUUGUUUGUAACCGCCGAUGUUUAUUUUCCGGGGAAUCGUGUCCAGCGCUGUUGCGUGCUUGAUGGUAAAUGUGCUGGCUUCAACCGUGUUCGUCGUCGUGCAAAUGUCGGGUCUUAUGUCACACUGUCGUCAUUUAAUUAUAUCAGAAUCCCUAUUGCACCUUUAAGCUUGCGCCCGUCUAGUAUUAUUACUACGCUGGAGGCCGUACAAAGGAUGCCACUGUUUCCCAGAGUGUUCGUGAAUGGCAAUUGCAGAUCAAUUAUGUUUCUCGGUGUCGUGGAUAACUGCGUUGCCAUGUUAGUAAAAGAACGGUACAAUAACUAUAUCACAAUUGAUGACACAGUCCAAGUCUUUGAAGAUGCGGUUGAGAGGUUUGAAAAAAUACUUGCCAAGAAACCCGAAAUCGUUGUUCCUCAUAUUUUGGAAAACUUGUUUUCCAUUAUUGUCUGCCAGCAAGAUUUUGACGACCCUUGCGAAUUCUGUUUGGGCGAUAUUUACAUGGAGCUACACCUAAAUGUAUUUUCUUAUUUGGAUAUUUAUGACCAGCAUCAGCUUCGCAGAACAUCCCAUCGGUUCGAUCAACUGCUGUCUUCGUAUGCACUUAGGCAGUGCAUAAUACUGCCUCGUCAACAUAAACAUGUCGCAGAACGCCUGGGGUUGAUGGGCUAUUAUACCAACUACUUUUCAAGCAGAUUUAUACUGGCAGAAAUCCUUGCGAAUGCUGUAACCAGAAACGCAAAGCUAUUGUAUUUGACGGGCAACUGGGAGAAACUUCUAGCAACCUUAGUGAAUAUUCUAAAGGUCAUAUCGGUUAAAUUGAGCUGGCUGAUCCUUUCAGACAAUUCAGUUUUAAAGUUCAAUGAUUUCUUGGUAUUUCCGAAACCGUUCCCGAUGCUGCGCACGCAGGAUCUAAUGCAUACGCAAAUAAAUUUUUUGUUGAUGCCAGAUUAUCCUGAUUAUGCUCCCAUUUGCCAACGCCUCGUUUUAAGGAAUUGCAGCUUCAACAGCAGACUCUCGAUGUGUUUCGCGGGAAUGCUGCUAACACAGAACGAUUACAUGAUUCGUCCUGAAUCACGCAGUCACCUCGGAUGUUGUUACGACCCCUUUUAUAUCAGAAUUCCGUGUUGGCAGUAUGAUUUUACAGAUCUAGAUAACCGCAAAUUUGCUGCAGCUUUUCGGUUAGCCCUGACAGAGUUUUGUCCGAUUCUGGAGUGCAGUAAAGGGAACACUCUAAUCCACUGGCUUCAGUCUCUCACAGACGAGGAUUUGGAACUGAAAAAAUGCAUUUCGCCGUUUGUUCAACUGUCCUAUGCGCUAUGGGACGAGGAACCACCAAACAGCCUUGAUGGUAUCAUAUCGGACAUAUCAAAUAGGGCUAUUCCAAAGAGUUUGAUUAUGCAGACACUUGCUUUGCUAUUGCCGUAUAUUCAAAACGAAUCUACACGGUAACACAGUGGCAGCUGUGGUGACGCGGCUGAAGCCAGUUCGCCAGGAAGGACUUCUGUCGGCAGUCAAUCCAAAGGUCAAACGUUUAAAUAAAGGCUGCCCUCCCAUAUGACAGUCAUAUUCUUGAAUAAAGAAGUACUGGCUACGGCGCUACUGUCACGUAGUAUACUUACUAUUUAUACCGUGGCAAAAAUGUACGUGUCAUCCGGGUAGUACACUGUAGUCUUUAGUACAGUAGCAGUAAUAACAGUAAGUUAACGUUAAAAACCUUCAGUAUGUCUUGAAUUAGAAACGCGGGCGAGCGAAGCGAGCCCGCUUGAUUAUAAUGCAUCUACUAUUGUACGGUACUCAAGGACU